GAUAUAAUCUGGUAGUCUAUAAAAGGAGCUUUUCAAUUUUUAAGUUUUACAUCUUGUAAUUAAAAUUCACAGCAGACACCUUUUUAAACCUAUAUAUGGUUCGUUAUCGUUAGCAAAAACAAAGUUACAGGGAUUUAUAUUUGCUUCGUUUGUGACAAUAUAUGCAUGAGCUCGCCACUUUCACUAUACUCCAGAACUUUGUUCCGCAAAUCAACUUCGGACCAAAAACAUGGCCAAUUUGUAUAUAUAAUAUAUCUGAACGGCUUGUAUUAUUGCCGGCAGCCAUGUAUAUAUGCGACAUGUAUUUUUAUACAUACUGUGAUUCACAAUUUCCUAAAUUGUGCAACAUUCUUAUCCUCCAUGUUAAUUUUUAAUCUUUGCGCCUUAAUUAUUUGUAUUAUGAAAAAAGGGAUAUCAAAACUACGGUCCAUAUUAGAAUCUACAUGAACAAACAAUAACAUCAAUUAGGACAGUUUGAGCAAUAAAUAGAUAAAUCGAUUUUCCAGAAAAAGAAAUGUAUAUUGAUAGUC